CUAUUGGCUAAAUACUAAAUAGGGGUUAGUCCAUUGUUUCCUCCAUUUCUUAUGAGCCCAACUAGGUGCCUCAUCUCCCAACCAAAUCCCCGACAACGUCCACGGCUGACUGCUGAUCCUCUUCCCAAUAUUGCCCGGCAUUUCCUCCAAUCUGUUGCGUUAUAAAUAGGAAUCUGGCAGUUGUAAUGGCACCAAGGUGGAAAGGAAAGGGUGCUAAAGCUAAAGCUCUUGCAGAUCCGAUUUCAGAGAUAGUUUCCCAGCUUCAAUCUUCUCUAAUCCAAUCAAAUUCUCGAGGGCUGCUCUCUGGUAUGAGUUUACUUCUUAAAGCAGAUGUUGUACAAACUAACCUCCUGAAUCGCGCAUGUUUUGGUAGGCCAAGAGUAACAGCAGAAAAUAAUGAACAAUGGUUUCAACUCUGUAUGGAGGAAGCUUUCUACCUAUACUAUUCUCUAAACUGCAUCAAGAUUGUAAACCACAAUGGCUGUGAGCAGAACAGUGAUGAGUUAUGGAAGUAUAUGACAUCCAAGAGGGAAAAUUUUCCUGUUUUAUAUAAAGCUUAUUCUCACUUAAGAAGUAAAAAUUGGGUGGUCAGAUUGGGGUCUCAGUAUGGAGUGGACUUUGUCGCCUAUCGUCAUCAUCCAGCUUUUGUUCAUUCUGAAUAUGCUGUGCUUGUUAUGUCUGCUCGAAAUGGUAAUACAAAUGGUCGCUUGAGGGUUUGGUCUGACUUCCAGUGCACUCUUCGACUAUGUGGAAGUGUAGCGAAAACGUUGCUUGUUCUUAAUAUUGUCGAACAGAAAAAGCAUGCAGCUUCUCCAUCUUGCUUGGAUGGUUAUGGUGUUGAAGAGAGAACAAUCACAAGAUGGAGUCCGGAGCAAUGUCGUGAAGGUUGAAGAUACUAUGAAGCAUUUUAAGUUUUACUAUUGUUGUGCUAUAUGGAACGCCUGCAGUUCCCGUCAGCUGAAGAUUUUUCUAGUAACGAUAUUGUCCAGGCCAACUUGCUCACAUCUUUCACCGGGUACCUACAAUCUCCCAUUAACGCAUGUACCUUUUAACUAUGUCCAGCAAGGCUUAGGUGAUAAAAUCACCUAACUUUUUGAAGAUGCAGAUGGUUCAUGAACAACAACAACAACAACGACCCAGUAAAAUCCCACAAGUGAAGGGGUCUGGGGAGGGUAGUGUGUACACAGACCUUACCCCUUCCCCGAGGGAGUAGCGAAGCUGUUUCCGAUAUACCCUUGGCUCGAGAAGACGAAAAAAGAUAGUAUAUCAACAGAUGGUUCAUGAAAUUGGUAAGAUACAUCAUUUUGCGGAGUGUGUAAUUCAUACCUAGGAAAAUGUACAUAAUGUAGCCUACUAAGGAAAUAGUCUCAGCUAGGCAUUUGAGAUGGUGGAAGAAUUCAUAAUCUGCAGCAUUGUCACUAUACAAACACACUGCUCCACUUUGUUGUGUUUCCAUUUUGUUUCCCUUGUAAGACAUUAAAUGAAAAGGAUCGUAUUCGAGUUAGUUUGUGCGCA